AACACCCGACCGAAUGCGAAGCGGAUAAUCACCGUUGCGCGACGACGAGCACCGCGACGUUACCUCACCUCCGACGCAUCACGGCGCACGCGGAGCGGCGGUCCGAGGAUCGAACGGCGGCGCGCAGACAGAUGCUGUAAAAAUGCCGUCGUUGCUGGAAGCGCUGGAGCUAAAGUACGGCAGCUCGACCACAGACUGCUCGUUAACAGACGACGAGGCAGAGUCCGGCUCGCCCAAGGUCGCCCUGUCGGUGAGCAUCUUCAUCCCCAAGAAAUCUCCCCGACACACGGUGCCGGCGCUACUGGUGCUCCAGGACUGCGACAUCGAGUCAGCGGGCAAUGACGCUGAGAAACUCCGUAGCAAGUGCAAGAACGUCGAGGAGCUCGACCUGGCACAGAACAAGUUGUCACAGUGGGCAGAGGUGUUUGGCAUACUGCAGCAUAUGCCCAAGAUCAAGUUUGUAAAUUUGAGCUUCAAUUGUCUUGCGGAGGUGCUGGAGAUCAAGCACGGCAACUAUGACCUUCUGCGAAACCUCGUGCUGAACGGGACCAGAGUGUCCUGGUCGACGGUGCAAGGACUGGUGCGGCUUCUGCGCAAUCUUGAGGAGCUCCAUUUGUCUUUGAACGAGUAUAAAACUGUGAACUUGGAAUACCUGAAGCCCGAGAACAAAAACCCAGCGCUGAAGAAGCUACACUUCACUGGUAAUCCGGUGGAGAUAUGGAACGAGAUCUCAAAGUUAGGGUAUUUAUUUCCAAAUCUGAAGAGCCUCGUUCUCGCCGAGUGUCCGCUCAGGUCGCUCGCUCUGGAGGAAAAUCGAAAUUUACCGAACGUGGACGGCCACCGGUCGAAGGAGGAAUGUCACGGGCAGGAUAGCGCAAACAUGAAUCAUUUAGAUAUAGACGAGCACACGUCGUCGAUAGACGAAAAGGGAAACAGGAUAUUCGAGAGCAAAGUCAACUACGACAGAUCCGAAUCAGAAUCGGAGUCCAGCGGCACGACUAUCAAGUCCCCGCAUGAUCCCUUCAGGAUGCUGAGAUUCUUAAACUUGAACGGCACGUUGUUAUCAACCUGGGACGAAGUCGAGAGGCUCGCCAGGUUCCCAGUGCUCAAGUCGCUUAGGAUCCAAGGGUGCCCACUUUUUGAGAGCCCACGAGAGUACACGGAACACGAGAGGCGGCAGCUGCUAAUAGCCCGAUUGCCGAACGUCGAGACUUUGAACGGCGGCGGCGUGAUAUCGUCUCAGGAACGCGAGGACGCCGAGAGAGCCUUCAUACGUUAUUACAUGGACAAGCCGGAAGCCGAUCGGCCCGAGAGGUAUUCUGAGCUCGUGGCUAUUCACGGAAAGUUGGACCCCUUGGUGAACGUGGAUCUAACACCAGAGAAAAGGGUCAAGGUCACAUUCACUUACGGGGAUCUCGUCGAGGUACGGUCAGUAGAUGUAUAUAGAACAGUUUUCGAAUUGAAAACCAAAUUGGAAAGUAUGGUAAAAAUACCAGCUAACAGAAUGCGACUUUUCUACGUUGAUCAGGAAAUGAAGGCCCAAUAUGGACCAGAAGAAAUGCUAUAUCCAAACAAACAACUCUAUCGAUAUAACAUCAGGAACGGGGACGAGAUCAUUAUUGACAGCAAACUGAAUCGGUUCGCAUCAACGUCCUCGACAUCUUCUAUUCGUUCCUCCUGAGGAAGAUCGAUGAGUGAAUCAGGCGGUAUUGAAGAAGUCCGAUAAUCUCUUCGGACUUUGAUCUCCACUUAUUGCUUACGUGAUGACGUGAGGGUGGCCGAUAAAAUCGGAUGUUGCAGAUCAAUGUGGAAACGUCGCGCACAGAGUUUCAAAUGAUUGCGUUAAGCUCUAAGAACCGAGAGAGAGGUGUAAUGAGCGGGCAAAACCGAAUCGUUUUCCGAAAAUACUUGCAUUAAAACGCGUAAGUGAAGGAAUUAAACGCUUGCAUGAGGAAUCGCGUUUGGUUCUGCCGCACUGCAAAUACUUUACAGAAAUAACGAUGACUGUGUAAAGAGAAAUCUCACCGAAUUGGCUCACGAAAAUCCGAUGCGUUGAAAGAGAAAAAGCCCGAGACAUCAAGUUUUCUGAUUUUGAACGGUACGUUUAGAUGUCUUCUGAAGAUCACGAGUUAUCGCGUUUAAUGCAGGUUGACCAGGCGGUAAGAUUGCGCCCGGACACGCGACUUUAGAUAAUUAUUUCUUCGUGUAACAAACUCAUCCAAGCCUCAACGUAUAAACUUAAACUGCUACUAACAAGUCUGGCGCAUAGAGGCGCAUAACUAUGUCCGGUGUACGCACGUACACCCAUACAUCUUAGAUGAGUAGAUAGCUAUCGAUUUGUAAGUUUCCUUUAAUGUAAUAAUUCUCAUCUCUGUCUUAGGAGACAGAACGUAAUGGGGAAGCAGGACAUUGUACAUAGCGAAUUUCAAUCUCCAGCCAAAUUCAAUGUAGUUACAAUAACGAGAGCUAAAAAAAAGUAAGAAGAAUGACAGUCUACCGUCUUCGCUCGACGAGAGCGAUAGAAAACCCUCGUAGUAUAAAACGAUUCGAUUGAAAACGUUUCACUCGUGAUUUAUGCGACAUGUUCGCAAUCCUUAGCGGAAUGCCAACGACGACUGUGUGAUGGGACGCGUGUUUCGAGAUCGCCGUAAACGAAGAGAGCAAAAUAUUUUUGUAGAUCGCGGGCAGUUAUUCUUAAAGAGUAAGAUGUAUUCAUUCGUCACGAAUGCGUUUUGUUGCUCUUUCUUGAGCACCGAGCAAUGAUGAAGGUCUAUGGAGUCGGCGCUUGCAGCCGUGUUCUCUGCGUGUCGCGCGCGCGUAUUCGCGCACGUACGCGAGAACUCUUUUGCGAGGGCCAUUCAUAAGUAUGACAGUGCCAGGGAACCUCGCGCAAAAUUUUCCAGUGCUUAAAACUAACGUAGAACGUGUAUCGCUGUGGUUCCCAAGUGUCGUUCACUUACAUUGUCCAUCUUAACGCAGAUGUAACUCUUGCAUAGUAAUAGACGCGAGUCUCCUCUAAACUACUAAAUUAAUUAAUCGUAAAUCCGGCGCGGAAAUAAGAAUUCGCAAGCAGCACGCGUACUCGUAAGUUUUCUUCGCUCCGUAUAAAUUAUUUUGAACAUGUUGCGGAGCACGAUGAUGUAACGCAAGAACAAAUUUGCGAGAUCACGCAAGAGUUACGUAAAGUUACACGCUGCAUUGUUAUCGCCUGUUUUCAGUACGUACUUAAAUCGCAAGUUCAAAGCCUUCAGUUCAAGUACAAGUUCAGUAUCUUACGGUAUUGAAUUUUUUAAUUGUGAGAAUUAUGUUCAUGAAUUGUACGCAGUACGAAUAGACGAUUGCAUGUUACUGUAAUCACUUCGUUCACGAAGAGAAUAAACAGAGAUUGCGAUGCAUUGACAAGCGUACAUAGAAUCGCGACGGCUACAUUAAUUUCAAAUGUAACGACGAGAGAGUGCGUAUUUAUAUGUAAUAUCCAUUCUCCAUUCUGAAAAGUAUACUUCUCGGCUGAACGCUACAGGUAUCCGUACAUCUCGUUGCAUUUAUAGCUUAUCCCAGCUUUGAGGCACGAGCGAGCUUGCGAAAAAAGUUAAGUAGAAAGUUGUGACACUUUGUCCUCGAAUCCGGCGGCAGGAUGCCGCGAGACAUUCGGCUAAGCGUUAGAGAAGGGAAACGGACGGUAUACAAGUUUCAGUUUCUUUGCUCACAGGCAACGAAGCUUGAAGAGUCACUUAGUGCCUGCCUUUUAUGUACUAGCGUAAUUCUGGAUACUUCUAACACUGCCCUGUGAAUACCGUAAAGCGUAAUUCGGGAUGACCAGGUUCUCUGUAUGCAAGAAGAAACACCGACCGAAUUUUUGCAGCAGCAAACUUGCGCUUCGACAAAGAUGCGUAAUAAUUUUUGAUCUCACAAUCAACCGUUAAACGAACAUACAUGAAAUGUUCGUUCAUGAAAAAAUUCAAUCAAAAUGUUACCGUAUUAUUACGCAAAGUUUGAUAAUUCUCUAAUUAUAUCAUAAUUAUCGCGAGAAGCAAAUAUUUUUUACUUGAUAUUCAGUAAAGAGAGAAAGAAAUUAUGAUAUCGACGGCUAAUUAAUAUUUGUAUUUCAUCUAUAUGACUGCCAUACCUUGCUGCUCAAGAAAUUCGGCUAGACGUUUCUCAGACUCGCAGGAGCACCACGAUAGUCAGGAAAGUGUUGUCGAUUGCCGGAUCCCAGUGCCAACUCACAUCCUUCGCAGUGCUGUGCAUCCAUGCAUGGAGGGCACGAAUCGUUUAUUCGAUCUGAACAAUGGAAAGCGAAAGCGAAAAUCAGUCGCGUAAGAGGACAAGGACAGAUCGGUACUGGUAUCCUACGCUGCACGUGUCUAGUCUCAGAAAAGGAACUCUGCAUUAUUCUCAUUUUAUAUAAUAUGAUCCUUUUUUGUGCUGGCGCAAAUGUACGUACUAACGAAAUAAAUCGUUUAUACGAUAAA